AGCCUUGAAAAAACAAGCUGGCAUUUGCCAGUCUUCAUCUUAAUUAAACCAACUACAACAGGUAAAUAAUAAACUAAUGUUCUCUUCCUUCUGAAAAUGCAUUUUCUUGGUCUUCAUCUUGCUUUAUAUAAAGAAUUCCUGAUAAAAGCCAAAACCAAUUGAACUUACCUCCAAGGUCACAUUGGAUCUAUUGGAUACUACGAUUUUAAUCCAAUCACUACUUUCCAUAGCCAGGAAAAUGGCAGUGUUGAGAACAAUAGUAGGUUUGGCUGUCACAGCCAUGCUCAUCCAGUUAGCAAUGGCAGCAAAUUACACAGUUGGAGGUCCAAAUGGAGGCUGGGAUACAAGCACUGACCUACAAACUUGGGUUGCAUCUCAAAAUUUUGCAGUAGGAGAUAAUCUGAUUUUCCAGUACACUCCGAAUCAUGAUGUGCUUGAAGUUACAAAGGCAGACUAUGACUCCUGCCAGACAAGUAGCCCAAUUCAGACUUAUAAUGAUGGCAACACAGUCAUACCUCUCUCUUCUCCAGGAAAGCGAUACUUCAUCUGUGGAACACUAGGACAUUGUAGCCAAGGAAUGCAGAUUGAAAUAGACACCUUGGCAACGUCUACACCACCAGCAACAUCGCCAACUCCCUCUGCUUCUCCAGCUCCAAAAUCUUCUCCCUCACCAGCAAAAUCCCCAGAAUCAGCUCCUGGCAGUCCAUCAUCCCCUGCUCGUCCUUCAACUGGAUCUCCUGGAACCUCUCCUUCUCCCAGUGGUCAUUCACCACCACCAUCUCCCUCAUCAGCUAACAGGAAUAGUUUUCAGACAUGCUUCACAUUGUGGUUUGGACUUUUGCUGAUAGUGCUUUUGGACCUAUAAGCCUCUAAAGAUUAUUUUCUUUGCAAGAAUCUUCAAGUAAUUUUAUAUUUGUGAAACUUCUCUGUUCUCUAUUUGUAAUACUCAUUUGUCUGGCUUAUUUGUGAAAUGGAUUCUUAACAAUAUACUACAUA